UACAGGUCAGUCUGCUGGAACACUGUGUUCUCAUCAGCUACAGUACAGCCGGAACAUUGUGUUACUUAGUGGCUACUUUCCAAGACCUGCCCUUAAUAUCACACUGAACGCCCUCCAGCCUCGCUCUCUCCGCCUCCUCUUCGGCGUCAUUUCCAUUCUUCGCUCUACGUUGGGCGAGAUGUGUGGAAGCGAGGUUUAUUAAAGUAAGGAGCUUGUUAGUGGACACGAGAGGGGAUACAAGUUAAUCAUCAGACAUCAGACUCAGGACCAGGCGUCUUUUAUCGAGCUUUUAUCAAACAAGUAUGAGUGGGAUGUCAAGAGAAAAGGAUGACCACUGAUCAAGACUUGUCUGUCGACCAAUCAGCUGUCGCUUUGUUUGCUGUAAAGGGUAUUGACGUAACGUCGAGCAAGGAUAAAGGAGUACUGAAGAUAGUGAAGGUCCAGGGCGUAGAUGGAGACAGGCCCAUGCUUGGGGACAGGGUUACCCUGCACUACACGGGUAAACUGCUCAACGGGCAGAAGGUGGACUCCAGUUUAGAUCGCAAGGAACCCUUUUCAUUCAGUUUAGGAAAGGGGCAAGUGAUCAAGGCGUGGGACAGCAGUGUGAUGACGAUGCAGAAGGGAGAGGUGUGCUCACUGCUCUGUCGUCCGGAUUACGCCUAUGGAGCCCCAGGGAACCCACCAAAGGUUCCCCCAAACUCAACCCUACUGUUUGAGGUUGAGCUGCUGGACUUCCAGGGCGAGAUGCUCACAGAAGACGGUGGAAUAAUGCGGAGGAUCAAGACCAAGGGAGAAGGCUUCACCAACCCCAACGACGGGGCUACUGUCGAUGUGCACCUGGAGGGGAGGUGCGAGGGCCAGCUGUUUGACUCCCGGGAUGUGUGUUUUAUUGUGGGAGAGGCGCAGGACAAGGGCGUCCCACUGGGAGUGGACCGGGCCAUGGAGAAGAUGCAGAAAGGAGAGUGCUGUCUACUUCAGCUUAAAUCCAAGUAUGGCUUUGGGAGAGAAGGUAAGCCAGAGUUAAAGAUUGGACCAAACAAAGACAUGCUCUAUGAAGUUACCCUCAGAGACUUCAAAAAGGCCAAAGAAUCAUGGGAAAUGGACUUGAAAGAGAAACUUGAACUGUCUGUUGAAGUUAAGCAUAAAGGGAAUCAGUAUUUUAAGGCGGGCUUCCUCCAGCAGGCCAUCAUCCAGUACCAGCGCAUCGUGUCCUGGCUGGAGAUGGAGUGUGGCGUGGGAGAGGAGCAGCAGAGGAAGAUCCAGGAGUUCCUGCUGCUGUCCCAGCUCAACCUGGCACUGUGCUACCUACGGCUGCAGGAGUUCUCCCACGUGGUGGACAACUGCAACAAGGUGAUUGAGCUCGACGCGACGAACGAGAAGGCGCUGUAUCGCCGGGGCGAGGCCCGUCUCUGCCGUAACGAGUUCAGUCUGGCCAUGGCCGACUUCCGCCAGGUGCUGCAGGUCAACCCGUUGAAUCGGGCGGCCCGGGCUCAGAUUACCAUCUGCCAGCACAAGGUCAGGGAACACCAGGAGCGGGACAAGAAGAUCUACGCCAACAUGUUCCAGAAAUUCGCGGAACACGAUAAAAAAGUUGGGAAGCAGAAGCGAAGGAAGGAUGAAAGUGUAAAAAGCAACGGGGAGGUGGGGAGUAAACGGAGACGCAGGAGUCAGGAGAACUCAUGAUGUCAAAUACUCUGAGGAAGGGCAGGCCUUUCCUUUCCUAGCCCAUCAUAACACUCGUCGCUUCGGAGGUUUAUAUACGGGAUCUCUGGAACGUUUUGGUUCAGAAGAUAUUAUGGAAUCGGCUGAGCAGAGCGAAGGCAUGUCAUUGAUUUUUGAACUCCACAUCAUAUCACCCAUAUGCCUUUGGCAUUCAAUCUUUUUUGGGCAUCUGUCGGUAAGUGCAAUGCCCGUCCUUGGGAACAGAAAUAUUUGUGGCAUUUUUUUCAAAACAGAAUCGUAAUUUUUUUUUGUUGUGCUAUACCAAUUGUAAAUAAAUGGCCCAAUCAUUUUAUACUCCCUAGAAAACUUGAUAGAGUCAAUAAAACAUAUUCACAACAUGCACAAUAAAAGAAUCAUGACUUUUGAAUUUAACCGUUUUCAUUCUAGAAAACCACAAAACAAAACAUUCUAACGGUUGUAUUGUUGAACAUGGUUAACGAAUGCUGCCUUUGUACCUUUCUAUAAAAACUACUGGUACAUACUGUUGCAUGCUAUUGUCAUCGUUGUAAGCUUUAAAUAUGAAUUGUCGAAACCACAAUGCUAUCUCAAUGCAUCUUAACUUUUUUUUGUUAUGCCCUCUUCGUAGGUCUCCGGACUUUGUUCAUGAAUUCUGAAUUCUGCGCUUAGAUGUCUGAUGCUUUAUUUAGAUUGUAAUUCCACCGCUGUUCUCUCGCCAAAAACAGGCAUCAUCAGAUAUGAUCCUGGAUGAGAUUUGCACCCUGAAUUUGCUUUAUUAAUUUGACGUAAAACAAUCUAAAUUGGUGUCUUAAAUAGUGACAAUGGUGUAAAAGGAAAGGAACUAUGUGUGUUAUUAGGCUACUUUUUUUAUUUGCAAGGGAAGUGCUGCUGUUAAACAAAACCUUUUCGUUAGCAAUGUCACUUUAAGAUAUGAUGGUGUUGUUGUGGUAAAGAGCACAGCAGCCAUUUUUGAUAUGACGUGGGAUACUAGUGACCACUGAAUCUAUGUUGGCCGUCGAUAUUUGGGAUGCUAACCCUGCUCUCGCACCAUGGGGUAGUUCGGGGGGAUUAGCAAGCAGAAAGUGUUACCUUGAUUACAUAGGAUACUGAUGAAUAUUUGUGAGAUACUUUUGUUUUCUUCGUCUGUCUGUCAAAUUUUAUUGCCAUGGCUUUUUAUUUUGUGGGCUUAUUUUGACCUGGCCGUUUAUUUAAGUAUUUGUAGUUCAGUAUGGUCUAUAGGCCUACUGUUGUGUAACAAACUUUAUUAAGGGCUUUUUUUUAACCAAAUUGUUCAAUGAAUUGCUUUUGAGUCAGUGUAAAGCUGAUGCACUUUCCAGAUAUUAAAACAUUUCCUCGCAAAUUAAUGAGAUGAAACAAUAAAUCAGACCCAAAUUUCAAAUGACUCGGUUAUUUUAAGAAAUUAACAACAUGUCUGAUCUCCCUGCUCUUAAUUUAACUUGUGAUUCAGCGUUACAUUAAAAAAAAACAUAUGCUCAUUUUAAGCGUACAUAACCCUAUAGAAGAAAGCUUUAAAAGUGCUUGAAUAUUAAAUGCAUUGAUACGAUUUCAGUCCAAUUUCAAAGCAGUUAUAGACGUUUAAACGUCCAAAAAGGACAAUAAUUAUUUGAAAAAUCAUUAGUACCUUUAUUGCUGUGAAAAAAGAGUUUGACAUCUAUAAGAACCAACCAUGAUAAAAAUAAUCAUAAACAUCAUUAAGAGAAACACAUACAGUAUUUUUAUACAAACUACUGUUCAACUCUUAUAUGAACAAUAUCUAUAUUUUCAUACACCCAUGACUUGAUAUUAGAACUGAAUAUUAAGGCACCAGAGCUGUGCAACAUGUUUGCAUUGUCCUGGAGACUCAAGGUUCCUACUUAGUAAGAUAAGAUAUGUUUAUCUGCUGGUUGCCCCGUAGUUCAUCAAGGAGUGUCAUUAUCACAAUAUAUAUUUUUAUAAUUAAGCACGUUCACAAUUCAUCUUCUGUAGGUAAUAUUUAAAGGUCGAAAAGAGUUGAAAUUAAGCAGCACAAAUAAGCAUCUUCUCUGUACGCCGUGAUUGACGAGCAAGAUGGUUUCGCUGAAUGAUUCAGGGAAACCAUCUUGCUCGUCAAUCACCCUGAUUCGCUUGAAAUGACCCAGAAGCUUUGUUCAAGGGGGCGUAUUAUGGAAAGGCCUCAUUCUUGGCCCUUCCACUUGUUCCUCAUGUCGAUCAUGACUUUAGUAGAGGAAAAUCUGAAAUCUUGAAUUUCUUGAGUCUCAUUCUGAAGUUUUGUUGUAAUAAUCUGUUAAUAAAUGUAAUUUACCACUA